UUCGCUCGCUAACUCGCAAUCUCAUAAGGCCGAAAACAAAGGAGCCCAAAUCCUUACUGCUAAGUGCCAAUGGCGUCCCCCGAUAGCCCUUCCCCGUCUCCUCGUCGCCGCAGCCUUCGUAGGCUUCUUCAUCUCAGAAGGUCAUCAUCCCUUGCCGUUGAUCACAACCCUCUCAAGUCGCCCUCCCUUUCAUCACCACUGGCGGCCAAUUCGGCUGUGGGUAAGAAGACGGCCUUCGGCUCCUCAGCUUUCUGUGGCCUUGGCUGCGCCUUCUCAGAUGAUUCUUCCGUCUGCUCCUCGGAAAAUAGUGAGGGGAAGGGUUCCAAGCGGCGGAGAACGAAGAAGGAUAAGAAGGAGACACGUGAGAAGGCGUCAUCGUCGAACUCUUCUGUAGCGGGGGAUGAAUCUGUAGGGAAUCAUAGUCAUGAGGUCCAGAGGGCUUUGAGUGAGCGGCCUUAUUCUGGGAGAAGACAUGGCAACCUAGAACUGAGAUAUUCAAUGGAAGAGACUUUUCCCUCUUUUCGAGCGGUCGUUGGAACGGAUCGCAGUUCAUCCUGGCGUUACCAUCACUUUCGAGGAUAUUACCACCAUCGUCCUGUUGAGCUUGAAGAGAUAAUGAGUUUCCACCAUAGAGUCGGAUCGGGAAGAGGGGAUGCUUAUGAUAGACACAGUGACUGGCGGCUUGAUGUUGAUAAUAUGACAUACGAGGAUUUGCUUGAACUUGGCGACAAGAUUGGAUAUGUCAGUACUGGCUUGAGAGAGGAAGAAAUUGCAUCCAGUAUUAUUAAAGUGAAACCCUUAAAUUUUGAUAUCCGUAUCUCCACUGAGAAGGAAAGAAAAUGCAGCGUUUGUCAAGAGGAAUAUGAAAUGGAUGAUGAAGUGGGAAAACUGGGCUGUGAGCACCGCUUUCAUAUAGAAUGCAUAAAGAAGUGGCUUCUUCGGAAGAAUGCAUGCCCCGUCUGCAAGGCUGCUGUCAGUAAAACCUAAUUCUGAAUACAAUCUAAUGACUUUACAGAAUUGUGCUUGCACUGUACAUAAUCUUUUCUGCUUUAUGUACAGCCACCGUCUGAAGCAUGGAAUCCAUUAUUUUUUAGUUUGUGCUUUGCAGUAUUA